GCGGCGGUGGCGGUGGCGGCGGCGGCGGCGGCUGCGGUCGGACGGUGCCAGCGUGGUCUGCUCCCCGGUGGAAGCGGACGUCUGGGGCGUCCCAUCGCGGAGGACCCGGCUCGUCCUGCGCUCCGCCUGCACGUGCGUGGCCACCCCGGAGGAGGGAGGGUGCUCCCGGAGUCUCUGCCGGCGUCCACGUGGUGGGGAGGAUGGAGACUUGAGAGCCUGGAGCAGAGUUGGAGUGGAGUUGCCGGGACUUUUGUGCGUCCUUUCCGGGCUGAGGUGGAGCGGUUUCUCCCCGGACUGGUGACAUCUCAGCCUCAGUUUCCUUGUUUUGAAGCUGUUCGUGGUGCCAUAUGACUGCUAGACCCAACAUGAGUGAUGGUUCCUGCAAGAAACGGGAUGACUAUCUGGAAUGGCCUGAGUAUUUCAUGGCGGUGGCCUUCUUAUCAGCCCAAAGAAGCAAGGAUCCAAGUUCCCAGGUUGGAGCCUGCAUUGUGAAUACGGAAAACAAGAUCGUUGGGAUUGGGUACAAUGGGAUGCCAAAUGGGUGCAGCGAUGACCUGUUGCCUUGGAGGAGAACAGCAGAAAAUAGACUGGAUACUAAAUAUCCCUAUGUGUGCCAUGCCGAGCUGAACGCCAUCAUGAACAAGAAUUCGGCUGAUGUGAAGGGCUGUAGUAUGUACGUCGCCUUGUUCCCGUGUAAUGAAUGCGCUAAGCUCAUCAUCCAAGCAGGUAUAAAAGAAGUUAUUUUCAUGUCGGAUAAAUACCAUGACAGUGAAGAGACGACGGCCGCUAGGCUCAUGUUUAAAAUGGCUGGUGUUACAUUCAGGAAAUUCACACCGAAGUACAACAAGAUUGUCAUUGACUUUGAUUCAAUUAACAGCCACCGGGGUCAGAAGCUUCAGUGAGUUGUCUUGUGAAAUCCCCAGAAGAAGGCUGCUCUCCUCUACGAAGCCGCCGGUGCCGUUCAUCUUGAAGUUGCACAUAACUUUUUAAUAGCUGGUGCAGCACACGUAGGCAUCUAUAGAAUAUAAAACCUUGAAUCUUCUUUGCCAGUCCCUACCGACACAUGGACCUACAUCUGUGUGAGCUGUUGAUUUAGUUUGAUUGAGAAACUAAGGGCCUGCCCACGGGGCUGGAGGGAAGGUCCCUCCACCUUCUCAGCUCAUCUGGCUGGGAUGAGGGUUCCGGCAGUCUCUCUAGUCAUCCACCGAAUUCCAACGGCCACUCCUCGAUGCUGUGUGGUCUAGGACAUACAAAUAAUUGCUUCGCGUUCUUAGUCAGGAUGAGCAGACCCACAGUGCUGUGGACAUCUGGCCCAAACGAAGCAUACCCUGUCUCACCCUUGGGAAAACAGAGAGGACCGUGUGUGGCGGUAGCCAAGUGUUUGCUGCGGAGUUGAGGAGAGCUCUCACCCUCCUACCCAGAGACGGGUGAGGACGGCAGAUGAUCAGCACAGCUGAACCGGGGAAAUCCUCUCAGCCCUUGCUUUCCUGCGACACACACGGCAGUGGCCCGCCGUCCGUCUGGAGGGUAGUGACCCCCGUGGUUCCAGCUCUUACCCUUGGUUUGUUGGCUACAUAGCACUGUUAAAUUUACCCCGGUGAUAAGUGGCUCCUAGAGGAGGCAGCUGAUGGCUCCCCUUAGACCAGGCACUGUGUGGUGACAGCUGGAAUUGUAUGGAUGGGUGGCGUGGGGCAAUCCCUCCGCCCCGCUUCCCCUGCUGUGUGGAAACAUGUCACCCCUGCUCCGCGGUGGUUCAUUUCCAAGGGUGUCCCACAACCAGAGAGGACAUUAAUUCCUGUCCUGUAAGAGAACUGUGGGAGAGUCUGUUCACUUGGAGGUGGCCCAUCCCACUGGUGACGGCGCCUCUUCUGUGUCUUCUGCCACACACGCCGGUGUCUUUGAUCAAUGUGGUUGGGGAAUUGUGGUUGGGGAAUUCCCCGCUGUGUGCUUUGUUUUUAAUUUCCUUUAACGUCUGUUAAACAUGCUCAGUGCCUUUGGUAAAAUGGUUUCUUUAUCUUAAAGAUUAUUACCUUUUAGGGUACUCUUAUUUUUUCAUGGGCUUUUAUUUCUUCUCUGAGGUUUUUUGGUUUUGCUUUUUUUUAUAUACUCUGUAUUCUUGGGGCGUUUUGUAAUUUGGCUCUUUACCAAUAUUAUUAAUUUUUUUAUUAAAAUCUACCAGCACCAAAAUGCGAUCAUUUUUAUUUAUUAAAUAUGCUCAGCU